AUAUAGUCUAAGAGCCGGUGAUACCAAAUCCUGGAGUAUCUGUUAUGAAAAAGCUUUUCCACGCACAAGUGCACCGGGUGCUGUGGUAUCCAUACAAUUUGACAGCGGGAUGCACAAUGCUUAGGCCACCAGAAACCCUGACGGAUACCUUCAGACAAUGCUUAAUCUCCCAACCAUUGGGAUUGGGACGAUGUGUUGGAGUAGGAGCGAUUCAAAGGUUACAAGCCUUAGACAGCAGUCCAGAAUUUGACUUAAUCGAUGGUAUUACGUUGAGCAGGGAUGGUCAGGAGUUCAGGGAUCUGCCAGUGUACAACUUUGCGGAGCGGGAUCCAGCCAGCUUCAGGACAAUCGUUGACUCCUUAAGCCAUGUGCUGAGCGGCAGGCAGCUCCAAUGGAACAUGGGCUUCAUUUAUCCGGGCCUCGCCAUGAGAGUGGCGCCAUCUGGUGCUCCGGGAGGCGUUCUGGAAUUCGUCAUCGAUCCGCACAGAGAAGCGGCCAACGUUCACGCCUUGAAGGAAGCCGGAACAGCUCGCUUACUGGCUCGACAGUUCCUAGUCCCCUGCUUACUAGGGCUAAAGUUCAAUGUUUCGAGCUUAAUCCCAAUCAUCUUCGGAGUUUUGGCGCUGCUUGCCAAAAAAGCUGUGGUCAUAGGUAAACUGGCUUUGAUUAUCACCAGUGGAGUUGGCUUGGGGUCACUGUUCUUUGGGGGAAGUAAGUGUCAAACUUACUCUCCAGGAACUAAUGCUGGAUACUAUGGAGGAACUGGAUGGACUGGCGCAGCACAAACGUUCAAGAGUUAUCCGAAAGAUGAGUAUCUCGAGCCAGAAUACAGGGGGAACAAAGAUCAACUCAAUGUAUACCCAAGUAUAAUACAGUCGGUAGAAAACGAGUCACGAACAGACAAAAAUAAAGGAAGAAAUUUUGCAUGGAGUGAAGAUGACAAGGUUUUGCAAGAGAAAUCUGCGUAGUAAAGCUAAGAGAAUUGUUGUUAUGAAAAAGAAUACUACACCGCAUCUAACGUAUGCCGCGAGAGUAUGCAACAAAAGUUUGUACGAGUACUACCUAGGGCAAGAUCCACCGUUUAUGCAGCACUCGACAAUUGUAAAGUUGUUAGCCUUCAAAUAAACUUGUUGCCACUGGACAACCUACCCUAAUCAUCUGUACAUACAUCUGUACAUAUUCAAAAACGACUUAUUAGCUAGAUAAGAACAAGUAAUUAUUGGAGUGUGAAGCAAAACAUACGCAAAUUCCUAGAAUUACUAUUUAUAUUUUUAUAUGACAUGUAGCCUAGGUUUUUUGUGGACAUUUCAUUAAGUCGUUCCAUUCAAACUAACGCAUAGAUUUUCGUGAUCUUCGCUAAUGCUUCUGCUUUAAAGCUCUUCAACGUUAGACUCCUAAAGCAAUUCAAGAUUACAUUUCUUGAAAUAUUGCAAAAUGAAGGCGCGCUCUAGGUACUCGAAAGGUCAUACAAUACGAGUAGCUUCUUGUGGACACAUCUGAGUGGAAUGGCAACUAACUCUUGUGCAAACAUAAUUUUUAUCUAAAUAAAAACUUCGGAAUAAUUAUGUAUUUUUUCUGUCAUAAAUAGUAGUAAAGUUAAGGGAAUGAGGUAUGCCAUAAAGGAGUACAAGACUAAGCUCCCAGGGCUGCCAGAUUUUGCUUAUUUCUCUAAACACAAAUGAA